AUGGGCUCCAUCAACUUCCCGAAGGAGGAAGAGCGCAUCUUGGAACACUGGAACAAUACAGACGCUUUCCACCGCCAGCUCGAACUCACGAAAGACGAGAAGCCAUACGUGUUCUACGAUGGCCCGCCCUUCGCGACCGGAACGCCUCACUACGGCCACCUUCUCGCUUCCACCAUCAAGGACAUCAUCCCGCGAUAUUGGUCCAUGAGAGGACGUUUCGUAGAGCGAAGAUUCGGCUGGGAUACACAUGGAGUGCCAAUUGAACAGAUCAUUGACAAGAAGCUACAAGAGGAGCUUGGUGUGAGGGGAAAGGCGGCCGUGGACAAGAUUGGCAUCAAGGAGUAUAAUCGGAGAUGUCGCGAGGUUGUGCUUACCUAUGCAAACGAAUGGAGAAAGGUCGUGGGCCGUGUUGGAAGGUGGAUUGAUUUCGACCGGGAUUAUAAAACGAUGGAUCCGACAUUCAUGGAGACUUGCUGGUGGGUAUUCGCACAGCUACAUAAGAAGGGUCUGGUAUAUCACGGUGCUAGGGUCUUGCCCUACUCUACGGCUUUGAACACACCGUUGUCGAAGAGCGAGGCUGGUGAGGAAUACAAGGACGUACAAGAUCCGGCUGUCACAGUUUCGUUCCCUGUGCUCCCCGUGAACGAGCAACCGGAGCAGGUUCGCUCCAAGUUAGAGGAGAUCCUCAAGGUGGCUGGCGGCGAUGUGAACUUCGUGGCAUGGACCACUACACCCUGGACACUUCCUAGCAACGUUGCUCUUUGCGCUCAUCCGGACUACGAGUACAUUAUCGUGCACGAUAAAGAGACUGCGAAGACUUAUAUCAUGCUUGAGGCUGGCCUGAAGGUGCUCUACAAGGACCCCAAGAAGGCGAAGGACAAGUUCCAGACACUUCCUCUGAAGAUCAAGGGCUCUGAGCUUGCAGGCAUGAGGUAUCAACCGCUCUUCAAUUACUUCUAUGACACCUUUAAGCACACUGGAUACAAGGUGCUUCUCGACUUGUAUGUCAAGCAGGAUGAGGGUGUCGGCAUUGUACAUCAGUCUCCGGCUUUCGGUGAGGAUGAUUACAACAUCUCGUGGCGAGAAGGGAUUAUCAACGCAGAGCGACCUCCGCCAAAUCCGCUGAAUGCUGGUGGGGAGUACACAAACGAAGUACCGGACUUUGAAGGACAGCACGUUAAGGCAGCUGACAAGAACAUCAUCAAGCAUCUCGAAGGUCUUGGUCGUCUGGUGCGGAAGUCUCAGAUUACUCACAGAUACCCACAUUGUCCUCGCUCGAAGACGCCACUCAUUCAGCGUGCUGUGCCCAGUUGGUUCAUUAAGGUGGAGAACGUGGUACCGAACUUGCUCAACAACCUGGAGAAGACUCAUUGGGUGCCGUCGAUGGUAAAGACUGGUCGCUUCCACCAGUGGCUGGCAGCUGCGAAAGAUUGGAAUGUCAGCAGAAACCGGUAUUGGGGUACUCCUUUACCCCUUUGGGUCUCCGACGACAUGAAAGAGGUCGUUUGCGUCUCUUCAGUCGCUGAGCUCAAGGAGCUGUCUGGCUUUCAAGGUGAACUGAAGGAUCUGCAUAGGGACUCCGUCGAUCACAUUACUAUUCCCUCUAAGCAAGGCAAGGGCACACUCAAGCGUGUGGAAGAAGUCUUCGACUGUUGGUUUGAGUCUGGCUCCAUGCCUUACGCUUCUUCACAUUACCCAUUCGACUAUCCCGGCUUCGAUCCAUCAGACAAGGACUCUGGGCUAUCACCAGACAACGGUCCUGGCAAGGAGCUCUUCACCAAGUUCCCCGGAGACUUCAUUGCCGAGGGUCUUGACCAAACUCGCGGAUGGUUCUACACCCUCUCUGUCCUUGGAACACACCUCUUCAACACCUUUCCAUACAAGAACUGCGUUGUCAAUGGUAUUGUCUUGGCCGAGGAUGGCAAAAAGAUGUCUAAAUCACUCAAGAACUUCCCUGAUCCGAUGCUCGUCAUUGAUCGAUACGGAUCCGACGCGCUGAGACUAUAUUUGAUUGACUCACCAGUCGUGCGAGGCGAGCCUCUUCGAUUCUCAGAGGCGGGUGUCAAGCAAAUUGUCUCGGGCGUGCUUCUCCCUCUCUGGAACUCCUACAAUUUCUUCGCUCAACAGGCAGCGCUGUUUAAGAAGAACACGUCCGAGGACUUUGUCUUCGAGCCUGAAAUGCAAAAGUCAAACCACAACGUGAUGGACAGAUGGGUCUUGGCUGCGACGCAGUCAUUAUUACAGUAUGUCAACCAAGAGAUGGAGGACUAUCGACUUUACACUGUGGUUCCAAGGCUGCUGAAGAUGGUUGACGAUGUCACAAAUUGGUACAUACGCUUCAACAGGAACCGAUUAAAAGGUCAAGCUGGAUCCGGUGCAUCGAAGCCGACUGCGAAUGGAGCGCAAGCCAAUGGAGCGCCGUCGGAGGUCAAUGGCCUGGACGAGGAAGAAGGCAGCAAGAUCGACACUCUGCAUGCCCUCAACACUCUCUACGAGGUGCUUUUCACGCUUGUUCGUGCGCUGGCACCGUUCAUCCCAUUCUUGAGCGACAACAUCUUCCAGAGAUUGGCACCUUUCCUCCCAGAAGCGAUGAAGCAAAAAGAUGACGUUAGAAGCGUACAUUUCCUCCGCUUUCCAACCGUACGAGAGGAGCUUUUCGACAAUGUAGUGGAACGCCGUGUGAGCAGAAUGCAGAAGGUCAUCGAGCUCGGUCGGUUAUGUCGCGACAGGAAGAACGUCUCCCUAAAGACACCGUUGAAGACACUGGUGGUGUUGCACCAAGAUUUAGAGUUCCUCGAGGAUGUUCGAACACUUGACCGAUACAUUACGGAAGAACUGAAUGUUCGCGAUUUAGUUCUCACCAGCGACGAGAACAAAUAUGGCGUUCAGUAUACGGUCGAUGCUGACGUCAAGAACCUCGGAAUGAAAUUCAAGAAGGAUGCCGUGAAGAUCAGAAAAGCAUUGCCUGCUUUGUCGGCUGCCGAUAUCCGUGGCUUUUUGGAUUCUGGUAGCCUCACAGUGGAAGGACAUCAGCUUGUCAAUGAGGACCUGCGAGUCAAGAGAAGUCUCAAGGAGAGUAAAGAGACUGAAAACUUCGAGCCAAAUGUCGAUGCUGAUGUCAUGAUUCUGCUGGACUGCUUCGCGUAUCCUGAGCUCGCGCAAGAAGGUCUAGCAAGAGAGGUGCUCAACCGCAUUCAGAGACUGCGAAAGCGAGCUGGCUUGGUGCCAACGGAUGAUGUUCAGGUCGCCUACAAGGUACUUCUGCCAGUGACGAAUGUCGACGGCACAGAUGACGCCUCGCAUGGCGAAGCGACUGCUGUUUCUGAGGCCAGCCGACUGGAACAUGAGCGACAGAUCGACGAGAUGUUCGAACAGCAGAAGGGUACCUUCGUCAAGGCAGCCAGUAAGGGCGUGGUACGAGACGGUGAGACCAGCGCUGGCGAGACUGUCGACCAGGACGAGACAGAUGUCAAGGAGAUUCGCCUGCUGCUUAAGCUCCUCAAGGUCUGA